UCUCAUUCGCUGCAAUCACGCCCUGCGACAACGCCGCGAAUAUGGACAUGGUAAUGGAUCCAGCGUGGUUGGGGAUGGUGCAACUCCAUAGCAGCCGAGAGUUCAGCUGCGAAGAAAUGACCCCAGAACAGUGCGAAUACUACCAGCAACGCUGGCAUUUCUGGUACAUUGCAGACUAUGUUUUCGCAUUACCAACUGUCGCAUUCUUCAUGUGCACCAUUGGUGUGUUCAUACUCAGCCAUAUCCUCCUAUCGCACGUUCUUGGCUACCGUCGCUUUCGAGGGCCAGUCGUGUGGCAGAAGCUGAUGGCCUUUUUUCGAUACCUGUCGUAUCGCGGUUACUAUGUGAAAGCGUUGAAUUGGAGUUCUGCUCCAAUUGGCGUCCUACUUUUGGGUCUCGCAGGAACCGUGUUCUUCUUUUGUAUGGAUCUCGUUCCGCAACCAUAUUACUGGUCUGACAGUAUUUACGGAGGCUCGCCGCCGCUGGCAACCAGAUCUGGCUGGAUGUCAUUGGCAUGUAUGCCGUUUUUGUUCGCGACCGCCAGCAAGACGAAUUGGAUUACACUGUUGACCGGCAUCUCUCAUGAGAAACUCCAGGUCUUUCACAGAUGGAUCGCUUACGCUUUCUUCGUCCUUGCGCUGAUACAUACUUUUCCUUUCAUUGUGUAUCACGUUCACUUGGGUGAUAUGGAGAGCCACUUUUCGUCGAGUUUGCUGUUCUAUUGGACGGGUAUCGUCGCUUUGAUCUUUCAAGCUUGGCUCACGUUCAUGUCGCAUAGCACCAUUCGGUCGCUUCUUGGUUAUGAGUUCUUCAAAGCCACGCAUUUCUUCGCCGUCGUCAUCUUCAUGGUCACUUUCUUCUGGCACUGCGAUUACACAUUAACCUCCUGGGACUACUUUAUCGCAACAGCCGCCGUCUAUGUCCCUUGUUAUGCCUACUCCUGGCUCCGCAUCAUCUUUGAAUACGGCCUUGCUCAACGCGCACAAAUCAGCGUCGAAGCAAAUGGAUUCACCCGCAUCACUAUCCCCUCAAACUCGAGUUGGAAACCAGGCCAGCACUGCUUUCUCCGCUUUUCGAGCUUCGGUCUCAUGCCCAUGUUAUCGUCGCAUCCCUUUACUAUCUGCUCUUCUCCUUCCAUCGACCCUGGCGUCCCUUCUCAACUCGUUUUCUAUAUCCGUCACCAACGUGGGUUCACCGCUAAGCUGUACCAACAUGCGCUAGAGCACCCAGACGUCUCGAUACCUGUGCAGGUUGACGGACCGUACGGUGGCAUCAACUUACAGCGGUUCCGUGACAGCGACAAGUUACUCGUCAUCGCCGGCGGGUCAGGCGCUGGAUGGAUACUACCACUCGUCGAGCGAUUUCUCCGCCGCGAUAUGCUCCGCAAAUCGAGUGAAAAGAACAGCGCGAGCACAAACACAGACGUCGAAGCCGCAGGACUUGAGAAACCGAACCCAAGCAACAUCAACACUGCUUCUCCGCGCAACAAUCCUUCUUCGCUCCGUGUCAUCCUCGCCACUCGCGACGCGGAUAGCCGCACGUGGUUCCUCGACACCGUUGCCGCGCUGGUCCUCAAUUACCGACCUUCCCCUUCCGCGGAGGACGUUCAUAUCCAAGUCCAUCUCACUGGCCAUGCCGUUGAGGAUGUCAAAGCUGCACAUCCUAACCACGAUUCCCAGGCGCGCAACUCUUCUUCCGACGAGAUUGAAUCUUCGAGACCGAAAGCUGCAGAUGUCUUGGAUCGAGAGGUAGAAGGUCGUCCGUAUCUACCAGCCGUGAUCGCGGAAGAAGCUGCGAGCGCGGCAGAUGUCGGGGCGGAUUUGGGUGUUUUUGUGUGUGGGCCUGAGGAGAUGCAGCGAGAUGUGCGGAAUGCGGUUGCAGGGGAAAACUUGAAGAUUGCCACGGGUGGAAGGAAGGGGGGUGGUGUUUACUUGCAUUGCGAGCAUUUUUCUUGGGCCUAA